AUGACUGUAAAAGUACAUAUCAGAGUAGUAUUAAACUAUAUCUAUGCACAACUUUUAGAAGAUAUUAAUUCUGAAUUCCUUUUAAUCUCUUCAAAGUUGCGUGUUGUAUCACAAGAUGUAAAAUUGAGCCUUUGUGAGUUGGAUGAACUUUAUGUCAUCUUUAAGAAAGAACUGUUUUUAUCUUGUUAUUGGUGUUUGAGUUGUCCUGUAUUGAAGCACCAUGACCCAAGUCUGCCAUAUUUGGAACAGUAUCAGAUUGACUGCCAGCAGUUCAGAGUGUUGUAUCACUUGUUGAGUCCCUGGGCUCAUUCUGCAAACAGAGACUCACUAGCUUUAUGGACAUUCAGAUUGUUGGAUGAAAACUCUGACUGCCUUAUAAACUUCAAAGAGUUCUCCUCUGCAAUUGACAUAAUGUACAAUGGAAGUUUUACUGAGAAGCUUAAGCUACUUUUUAAGCUGCAUAUUCCUGCAGGCAAGAAAUACUCUUUACCAGACCAACAAGCUAAAAACUAUCUUUAA